CCUCAGUCUCGUGAAGAGACACCCCCAAACCCCUUAAGCGACCACAUAGCAUUAAAGUUAUAAAAGGGUGAGGAUUAUACUGCUGUCGGCUUUUUACAAGAGAUAUUAUAUCUUCCGUCCUCUGAGAGCAGUCUAACGAAGCAUCAACAACCUCACGAUCUCCGAAGAUAUGUCGCCCAACUUCUGCAGCUUCCCCAGCGAGCUUCGCAACAAGAUAUAUGAGCUGCUCUUGUUGCACCAGGAACCUAUUGACCCUUGGGUUGGUUACAAUCGACAGAAGCUCACGCCUGGGCUUUUUCGCGCAAACAAGAUUGUCCACCGCGAAGCUAGCUCGCUGUUCUAUACCCAGAAUCGCUUCAAUUUUACCAUGCACACGCCUGAGAACGUGGCCUCGUUCCUCGAGCAAAUCGGCCGCAAUAACGCAGACUAUAUCCGACAUAUAUGUAUCGACUUUCCGAAUUUCCUCUAUCUGGACCCCGGUAAUGUCACUCUCGAGGACAAUAGCGUUCGUAUCCUCGCGAAGAUCCGGACCGAAUGUGCCAAGUUGACCACGCUUACGACGUCCCUCUAUAGCACAAAUGCCAUGGAGCUUAGGCUCGACGCACUCGACCACCCCAAGAUCGUUGGUGAGGCGUUAAAGCUCGUCGAUACUCUCUUCAGAGCCAUUUCAUCCGUGCAAGAGAUCAUUGUCGAGGUGUACGAGGACAGUCCAAAUGAUCAUAUAAGGAGAGAAAUGAAGAGUCACGGAUGGACAAUCAACGCAAUAGAGUAUGUAGAAGAGUUUGGCUCCGACAUAUCUUUCGGUGACACCGAAGAUUACGAUUAUCGCUAUGAUGAUGGUGAUUACGAUGAUGAGGAGUAUGAUAUAGACAAUGACAGUGACUUUUGGAGAAGGGCAGCAGACUGAAUCCACUGGUAUCUACUCACACACUAUUGGGUAUUAGCGAGAAGAGGAAGAGCAACGAGCCGCAGACGCAAAGGUUUCGUCGCAUAGGUAAUUCCUUCCAGGAUAGUAAGCCCGCCAAUAACUAUGGUUACAAGAAAUUUAGAGAUCGAAAUCUAGUCGUGACUUCGGCUUCUGUUUAGAAGCUCCUAGCCAGUGUCACUUGUACGUGAAAACGAAGAGUUU